AUAUAGUUACAGUGUUCGGAAGUUAUUCGACUAUUUGCUGUGAUGUCGAUGCAACAGUUCUGUUUACGGUGGAACAAUCAUCAACCAAAUUUCAUUUCGGUGUUUUCAAAUUUGUUGAACAAUGAGACUUUGGUGGAUGUGACAUUAGCUGCUGAAGGCAGACACCUUCAGGCACACAAAGUUGUUUUGUCUGCAUGCAGCACAUAUUUUCAGUCAUUGUUUACUGUAAAUCCGUGUCAACAUCCAAUCGUCAUAUUAAAGGAUGUAAAAUUCUCUGACUUAAAAAUCAUGGUUGACUUUAUGUACUAUGGUGAAGUAAACAUAUCACAGGAUCAGUUACCAUCUAUCAUAAAGACUGCAGAGAGUUUAAAAAUAAAAGGACUUGCAGAAAUGCACACUGCUUCUUUAACCAAGUGGCCAAGUGGUAGUAGUGAACCUGGAGGAGGAGAUCGUGGGGAAUCUUGUUCACCUAGCCCUUCUCCAUUAUCACCAUCCUUUCGCAGAAAGAGAUUAAGAAAAUCAUCGACAGGAUCAACAUCUGGAUCUGGUGAGAAACCAGAAGAAAUGAAUGAAAUCACUUUAGUUGCCACUAAUAUUGUAAAACCAGAACCGUUGAUAGUUUCACAAGAAGGUAGCGAAAGUCUAAGAAGACCUGUUAAUACUAGUACUGAAUCUCAAGGAAGUAUUGAUGAAGAUCAAAUAUCGAUCAUGAGUAACAUGGAGAAUAGUUCGGCAACAACUCCCGCACAAAGUGAUGGCUCAUUACAAGAUGUGAGUCAACAGUCAGGAGGAAACGUUGCACAGAGUACAGUUUCUUCACAACCACCCGCACAUCAGGUAGUCUGUAAGCAGGUAGGCCCGAAGAGGUGUCGUCUGUUGCGUCAGCCCCGGGUGAAGAAGGAAUCGAAUCAUUUGUCGCCAGACAGCGAGACGUCUUCACCUCAUAUCGUCUCGUCUUCUAUCUAUAUGACGGCGCCGACGUUGAACCUGCCACAGACGUCGAGGAGCUGGGAGGAAACGAGAAUCUCGUCGCCACCGCAACCGAUUCUGGUGAACCAGCCUAGUCUGUUGACGGUGACCACCUCGACGAACCUGUUGACCGUGCCUCAGCCAUCCUAUUUGAUGAAGCAACACUCUCAUCCGCUCUUGUCUAGUCAGCAACAAUCCAGCAGUGGGAAUUACUGGAUGCACAGGCAACACUCGAACCCAGAGUUUCCCAGGAGGACCACCAGUCCAUCGAUCGUUGUGGAACCGGCGCCUGUUGUUAAAACGGAAGAGGAAAUCAAAGAGGAACCAACUAUCGCUACAACUACUAUGGAGACUACCGCAGGGUCCACAUCAUCUGGCUUGAGGGUGAAAACCACGGAACUUAGGCGGAGUUCCUCAUCUCCACAAACGACGGGCAGGGAAUCUCGAGAGAAUACAGGUGACCUACGAUUCGGUCACUGUCCAGUGUUACGACCAGGGCCAGCUCUGGGUUGCAAGCACUGCUGGAACACGAUAGACGCCCACGGGAGGACACUUCGAAGGAAAACGAAGUAUCAUUGUCCGGAAUGUCAAGCCAACCUCUGCAUCGUUCCCUGUUUCCAAGACUACCACGAGCAACGACGAGAGUUGAAGCUGAAACCUUUACCGAAAACCAGUUCAGUUUAACGCGUUUACGUCUGUAAAUUCGGGUUUUCGAAUCGUACACGUCAAUUUUGAGUGUGUGUCUUUUAACGAGAAUCACAAAUUGAAUAAAAAUUCUUCAAUUUGUGAUUCACAAUUACCGAAUUAAGUUUUGUCCUUUCGUCGAGGUUCAGUUACGUCUUUGUAUAUAUCGAUACACCUCGUUUUACGAUUUUUGUGAACCUUGACGAUGGUAGUACCAUGGGAAGUUAACUAUUGAUGGUUUAAAAGAACCUGAAGGAACUGGAAUAACAAGUCCUUUUUGUCCACUGUUUUGUGCAUUGUCGUCUGCCUUGUCAGACGAUAUUUGGAGAUGAAAGCAAAGAAGAUGAAUUGAAAACGAAAGUUCCUAAGGAUAUUAUUAGGACGACACGGGCAGUUGUAAAUUAAUUAGGAGCGAGAGUUUUGAUAAUCAUUCGUGCUAUUAGAUAUUAAAAGGACUGGGAUGUUAUUUAAGAUUCUCUGAUUUAUUUUCAACUUAUUUACAAUAGGAAAAGUAAGUUCUAAUCUAAUUUGUAAGUGAAAUUAUGUCUCUUGUUACUGGCUUCAGAAAUUUUAUGCAUAAUUUUCGACUGGGAAAUAUGUACAUUAAUAAUUUCACCGUUUUAUCUAAUCUAGAACAAUUUCUAUUUCUGGUGAUAGACAUUUGAGGGAACUAAUUUACUAAAAAAGAAAAAAGUCCACGUUUCCUUAUCAAUCGUAUAAUUAAAGAAACUAUUUUUCUUGGGCAACUUGACAAACAGGAAGAUACGAUAGAGGUCUUCACUAGGAUAAUGAAACAUUAGUUCUGAAUUUGUGUGACUUGUUGCAUACUAAGAACAUACAAGGAAAAGAUAGAUUCUACUUGAGAAGUAGAAAUAGUACUUAAUCGACGUGCACUUAAUCAAAUCCAAUUAACGCGGAUUAAACUGAGACUUGAUCAGACCAACAAUUAAUACCCCAUCAAGUUCAAUUAAUUCUAUCUUCAACACAUCCCAAUCCAACUUUAAUAUAUAGAACUUAACCGUGGGCUUAAUUAUGGGAUCCAGCAAAAAGAAGAAAACUCAAGCUUAACUCAUGGAAGAUCAAGCCAAGCUACCUGAAUUUUAAUCUGAUCUGUCACAAACACACGUGCAGCUCUACAAAUCUCAACCCACACGGUUUAUUCGAUUCGACAUUAAGUCCCAAAUCAUUUGAGAUUUACCUAAUUAAUCGAAAUCUAAAUUUCUCCUUUAACAGACCAGAAAAUUGACGAUCGAAGUAGAUUGUCAUUUGGAAAGAACAACAUCGUCCAAUGAUCGCUCCUGCAAUGACGCACGUGUUGCGUCAUCGAGAGACUCUAUCUACUGGCAACGUUCGUCCACAGAUCUCUUAAUUAAAAAUUGUAUUGCUCGUUUCACGACAUGCGUCUAAGAAUUUCCUCAGGAAGUAAACAGAGUAUGUUUGGACGGAAGAUAUCUGUGAGGCUUGGAACAGCAGGAGACGCGGCUUUGACGACGCCGAGCGUCGCAAAUAUUAACACGAAGGAACGAUGGUUUUACGUCCGGGAAUUGAAACGAAGCCACGGUAGAAUCCUGUUAGAGCAGCGUCCAAGAAUAUCCAGGUAUUUGCCUAUCCCUUUCCUCCUCGCUUUUGUACUCUGUCGUACCUUCUUCGUUGCACCAGAAAUUGUCCUCUACUGUGUCUCGUGAGAAAGAGAAACGCCUGGGUAUAAUUGUGAAUUAUACGUUAAAUUAUAAUUGUGUAAUUUAUACCAUAUCGUAUAUAAUUAAUCUAAGGGAUGAGUUUCAAGGACAACAGUUGUUUGCUAUUUAAUUAUACGUUAAUUGUCGUUCUUUCGUGAACUCGAGAGAAACCCAACGUCGUUCUUCUCGAACUUCUAAGUUGAUUAGAAGUGAUUACAGGCUGUUUCAUAUAAGCAGAACGAAUCACAUGGAUUCUUCAAAGGUAGAGGAAAUAUUGCGAAGUAAGAAUCGAAGAAACGAUUUUUAUAUAAGGUUCUGGUUAUUUGAAACAUUCUGUAUUUUUGCAUAAAUACUCACUGCUGUAGCCUGUUUAUGAGCAACUGGUUACUCAAGGCCGUUUGACCAUGUCGAGUAUUCAAUUAAAUAUACAAUCAAUUAAUUGCAUCGUCUCUUUCUUAUUUUAAAAACGAGAGAAAAAGAGCAAAUUUUGAAACAAAAUCGACAUUUGUAUAAUCAUUUGGAUAUACAUAUAUAUACAAAUAUAAAUGUUAUAUAUAUAUAUAUAUAUAUAUAUAUAUAUAUAUAUAUAUAUAUAUAUAUAUAAUGUGCAAUACAAAUACUUAUAAAAAUAAGUAAAUAAAACACGAGUACUUAAAAAAGGUAAGCAAAUAAAAAUACACGUACCAUUUGCUUGCUCUGUUUAAAAAUUCUACACUGAUUUUAAUUAAAAUUGUACGCGAUAAUGACUAUGGGACCUGAAUAGAUAAACAGGCUACAGCUUGUUUCUACCAAUUAAUUUAUUCGUGGUCGUGUAAAUAACUUGAUGGCUUAAUUGUACAUAUGUACUUCUGUCGACUUCCGGUUCCAAGGGAACUUUAUACAUUGAUAUUCGCGAAACAGUCGGAUCUGAUCGUUUUGAUAUUAAAGGGAGGUCUGCGUGCUGGCUGUCGUGUCGCAGAUCUCCAACGAGCCUUCGUUUCCAGUGAAACGUGUAUUUUCUGCAUUUAUUCGAAGAACUUUUUCUAGGAUAACAAAACGGAAGAACCGAUUGGUUGCUUCGACAAAAAGCAACGGAAUCGUCGUGUCCGUCGAGAGAAAAAGAAAAACGCGAGAGGAAGAAACAAAGAGUAUAGUUUUCUACGAACGAAGGAGAGGAAGGAGUCGUGUCUUUAAAACCUUUGAACCUUUGCUGAAAAUGAAAUAUUUUGCAGCCGUUUGCAGAAGUUCUAUUAUAUUAGAUAUAUAUAAUAUGUAUAGAGAUAUAUUUGUUACAGAAAAUGAAAGACGCGGCACGUGACUUCGUGUUGUCGCGAAAGAAACGUGCAUAAAACGAGAGUGUGUGCAUCGUAUGCAAUUUUGUCCGGAGAAACGAUUUUCGGUUCGAUGUACGAGAAUGAGUGAGCGUUAAGUUUGUUUUAAGAAAGACACUGUAAUAUAAAUUGGAGGACGGAUAUCGAGGAAAUAUUUCGUUCUUCCGUUUGGAAGAAUCUUUUUUGUUUUCAAUGGAUACACCCUGUCGCUUGUUAAGACAGAAAGAGAGAGCUUGGUACAAGAGAAAAUGUAUUUUUCAGCCUGUUUAAGGAUGCGUUACGAUAUUCUACGUUCUGCAAUCACAAAGAUGUCUCGCGCACUAUACAAAGUAAAAUAUAAGACGUCAGAGAAUGUAGCAUACGUGCAAUAUAUUUUUUCUCGGCAUCACGAGUAUAUUAUGCGCAGUUGUAUCGAUUAAGUAUAUUUUAUGUAAAACUAGCGACGUAAGUUCGUAAGUUAAAAAUAAAAAGAAUGUGAUCCAACACGGCUGUAGUGACAGUUAUGGAAAUACGUAUCGUCGUCUUUUCUGUUUAUUUCGAAGAUACGAUCGUGAUACGAUCGUUUCGAGACAGGAUUAAGUUCUGGUAUCUUUUUUACUGUUUUAUCUGGAUGCAAAUUAAACGAAUAGAUUUGCACAUACAUGUUUAUUAAUGGA